AUGAAGUGCAAUCUUACAACAUGUACGUCCGUUUCGUGCUGUUAUAAUUCAUCGGUGGCUAAACUUCCAAUACAUUUUACCUUUGUUAUUGACCAAUGUGAAUCAAAGUUUGAUAUUAGUCUGGAAAAGCUAACCUACAGCGAAAGUUUAGUUGAUUACAAUUUUGGAAGCGAAGAACAGCUUUGGAUUGGCGGAGUUUUUCGAAUAAGAUUUCGGUUGUACGUUAUUAUGGCACCAAAACGAUAUGUUGCUGAAUUACAUUUCGACAUCUGUUGGGAAAGACUGGAGUGCGAAACCAUCGAACUUUUAAACAACACCAUUCUGCCAGCGGAACCAUGUAGUUAUACUUCGGGAUUUGCGAACCCAGAUUUUUCAUUAACAUCAUGGAAAGAGGAAAAUGGUAUAGAACUUGACGGUGUUAUCCCUGAAAACUUCCAAAAGCAACUGAUAUAUGUUCUCGAUCUGACCAAUUUCCUGCAAGAAGACACAUGCAUGGCGAUGAAACAAGAUGUUCUAGGUUGCCCAUUACAUCUUCCACUUGUUGAUGAGCAACUAAAGGGCACACAAUGCCAAUUGCUUAGCCAUUGUACCGGUGUACGAUGCUGCAUUACGUCGACGCAAACUGGGCUAAACUUUGAAAUCCUCUUGGAUGUUGAUCCUUGUACACAGAUGUUAACAAUGCAAAUCGAACACUACAAGAAAGAGCUACCUUUGCAUGAACUUCAAUACGGGACUAACUUCGAAUUUUGGUUGCAAGGCGUUGUUAGAAUGAGGUAUUACUUGUAA